UCAAUGACACAGGCAUGUUGCUAAGUUACCUUUAUAUUAUUCAAAAGCAUGUAUGUCUUUUUCCUCUUGGGCCUCACCUGACACAAGAUUGUUCAUCAAUGGGAUUCUCAUUCUCCCUUCAACUCUUCAAUUCUUCUUCUUUCUCAUUUUGAAACAACUCACUUUACUUUUGAGAUCAAUGGGGUUCUCAAGAACUGCAGAAUCUGCACUUCUUCUUGUGGCAUUCUUCUGUCUUCUGAGAUCUGCACAUGCUUUACUUUCUCCCAAAGGAAUCAACUUUGAAGUGCAAGCUUUAAUGGCCAUAAAAGCUUCUCUAGUGGACCCUCAUGGCAUUUUGGACAAUUGGGAUGGAGAUGCAGUUGAUCCAUGUAGCUGGAACAUGGUCACAUGUUCUCCUCAGAGCUUUGUCAUUAGCUUAGGAAUUCCAAGUCAGAAUUUAUCUGGUACUCUAUCACCAAGCAUUGGAAACCUAACAAACCUUCAGAGUGUUGUGCUGCAAAAUAAUAACAUAACUGGACCAAUCCCUUCAGAGCUAGGCAAACUUUCCAUGCUUCAAACACUUGAUCUCUCUAAUAACUUCUUUAAUGGGGAAAUUCCUCAAUCUCUUGGUCAUCUCAGAACACUUCAGUACUUGAGGCUUAAUAAUAACAGUUUUUCUGGGGAAUGUCCUGUGUCAGUGGCUAACAUGGCUCAGCUUUCUUUUCUUGACUUGUCCUACAAUAAUCUAAGUGGAUCUGUACCAAGAAUUUUGGCCAAAUCAUUCAGCAUUGUUGGAAACCCCCUUGUAUGCACAACAGGAAAAGAAACAAACUGCCAUGGAAUGACACUGAUGCCUAUGUCCAUGGACUUAAACACUACUCAGAGCGCUUCACCAUCAGGCACACAUAAAACUCACAAAAUCGCCAUCGCUUUCGGCUUAAGUCUUGGAUGCCUCUCCUUUAUAGCUCUUGUCUUUGGACUUGUUAUAUGGUGGAGGCGCAAGCACAACAAGCAGGCAUUCUUUGAUGUCAAAGACCGGCACCAUGAAGAAGUGUACCUUGGAAACCUGAAGAGGUUCCAAUUAAGAGAACUUCAGAUUGCUACAAACAACUUCAGCAACAAGAACAUACUGGGAAAGGGUGGUUUUGGAAAUGUGUACAAAGGAAGACUUCAAGAUGGGAGUGUUGUAGCUGUGAAGAGGCUGAAAGAUGGGAAUGCAAUUGGAGGGGAGAUUCAGUUUCAGACAGAAGUUGAAAUGAUCAGCUUGGCAGUGCACAGAAACCUCCUUAAACUUUAUGGAUUUUGUGUUACACCAACAGAAAGGCUUUUGGUUUAUCCCUACAUGUGCAAUGGGAGUGUUGCUUCACGUCUGAAAGGAAAGCCAACAUUGGAGUGGGGAACAAGGAAGCAAAUAGCAUUAGGGGCAGGAAGAGGAUUGCUGUACCUUCAUGAGCAGUGUGAUCCAAAAAUAAUCCACAGGGAUGUGAAAGCUGCAAACAUAUUACUUGAUGAGUAUUGUGAAGCAGUUGUUGGUGAUUUUGGGUUGGCAAAGCUUUUGGAUCACAAAGACACACAUGUCACAACUGCUGUCAGGGGUACUGUGGGACACAUUGCACCGGAAUAUCUCUCCACAGGUCAGUCCUCUGACAAAACUGAUGUCUUUGGAUUUGGCAUUCUCCUUCUUGAAUUGAUCACUGGCUUGAGGGCUUUGGAGUUUGGCAAGGCUGCUAACCAAAAAGGUGCUAUGCUUGAUUGGGUAAGCAAAAUUCACAAGGAGAAGAAGCUUGAAUUACUUGUAGACAAGGAUCUAAAGAACAACUAUGACAGGAUUGAGCUUGAGGAAAUUGUAAAGGUAGCUCUAUUGUGCACACAAUAUCUUCCGGCCCACAGGCCCAAGAUGUCUGAAGUUGUGCGCAUGCUUGAAGGUGAUGGGCUUGCAGAGAAAUGGGAAGCCUCACUAAGUGCCCAUGACACAACAAAGCCCAACAAAGCCCAUGAGUUCUCUUAUUCAGAUCGUUACUCUGAUCUCACUGAUGACUCUUCUUUGUUGGCCCAAGCUAUGGAACUCUCCGGCCCAAGAUGAGAAUUUUUCUCUAUAUAUAUAUUUUUUAAUGUUUAUGUUUUCUGUUUUUUUUUUUUUUUUUUU